UUAUUUGUUUCCAGAACUGACAAAAUGGAAGACAGAAAGGUGUUUAUGAACAGAAGAUCAAUACUGGACGAGCUGUUUGAGAUCAACCACAUCCGGACCAUCUACCACAUGUUCAUAGCUGCUCUGUUCCUCUUCAUCUUCAGCACCUUGGCGGUGGACUACAUCGAUCAGGGCAGGCUUGUGCUGGAGUUUGACCUCCUGUCCUACGCGUUUGGGAAGCUCUCCACUGUGCUGUGGGCCUGGCUGCUCAUGUUCAGCUACACGCUGGCCGGACCGUACCACGUCCUGGGCACCUGGGGGGGACGCUACCACUCCAGCCGCUUCAAAGGGGUGCUUACGGCGGGGGCCGGGCUAGUCCUGGCGGCAAUGCAGACGUGCAUUCUGGGUGUUUUCCCCAUUUACACGGUCAUUCACCACCAGCUGCCCCCCGCCUCACGAUUCAUCAUCAUUCUGGAGCAGAUCCGCUUCCUGAUGAAAAGCUAUUCAUUUAUCCGGGAGAAUGUUCCAGAAGUCAUACACAAGACAAAACAGGGUAAUACAGGGAUAUCUCCCAGAUUGCCCACAUUCUCCAGCUAUUUGUACUUUCUCUUCUGCCCGACCCUGAUCUACAGGGAGUCCUACCCCAGGAACCCCUACAUAAGGUGGAACUAUGUUGGAGUGACCUUUGCUCAGAUCCUGGGCUGUCUGUUCUAUGCAUACUUCAUCCUGGUGAGGCUUUGCAUUCCUGUCUUCGUGAACGAGAACAGCCAGCCCUUCAGCACUCGAACCCUGGUCCUCGCGCUGUUCCACUCCACCCUCCCAGGUACCCGUGCUGCUGAGUCACCCUGCUGCUCCUCCCCUUUCUCUCAGGAUUGGUGGAACUCCACUUCCUUCGCUAAUUACUACAGGACCUGGAAUGUGGUGGUCCAUGACUGGCUGUACUCCUACGCGUAUCAAGACUUCCUCUGGCUGUCCAGGCGCAAGUCUCGAACGGCAGCCAUGUUGUCCGUGUUCGUCGUGUCCGCGGUGGUGCACGAGUACGUCUUCACCGUCUGCUUCGGGUUCUUCUACCCGGUGAUGUUCUGCCUCUUCGCUGUCAUUGGGGUGGUGUUCAACUUCACCCUGAACGACAAGCGCAAAAGUCCCGUCUGGAACAUCAUCAUGUGGAUCUGCCUGUUCAUUGGCCAGGGCAUCCAGGUGUGUCUCUACUGCCAGGAGUGGUACGCCCAGAAACACUGCCCCCCCACUGGGAAAAGUGUUUGGGAGCUGGUGAUUCCCCGUUCCUGGUCCUGCAGCUACCAGCGGUGAUCAUGGCCACCAGGGGGAGCCGCUCAGCCAAUCAGCCGCUCAGAGUUCUGCGGUCUCUCUCUCUGUGGUGCUUGUGGUGCGUGCCUCAGCCCUGGCUCAUCCUGUUCUGAAAACGCGGGGCUCCUGUGGACUGGAUCAACAGCAGCAGAAGGAAUUUAAAUCAGCCGCUCGAAAGAAAAACAAGAGGGGAGUUUAUGAAGCAGAGAAACUUGGAACAUGAUCUCUGUCUUCUCUUCCAGAACUCAUAUUGGUUCCCACAUUAAUUUUGAGACACAAUUCUAGCCAGAAAAUCAGUGUUAUAAUUAACAAAUUUUUUAUUAUACCUUAGAGAAAUCUCUCAAUGAACAAAGGUUUGGAUUGAAUAAUUUAACUUUUUAUAAUCCCCAUGCUUAAGUUAAACCUUUUUUUGUAUUAUACUUUAUGCUUUUGUAUGUUUUAUUGUAACCAUUGUAAAAUUUAAUUACAAUAUUCAAUUAAAAGAAAAACUUUUACCGCUACAACUUUUAGUGAGAAACAACUUGCUAUGCACUUUGCUAAAAACAGUUCACCUGCAACAAUUAUCCUGGGUUAUAGAAUUUGAUUUUACAUGACCAAAUAUGGUAUAAAAAGGUUAGAAAGGACUGAAGCCGUCACUACGGUUCUUCUGCAUGUGCACUGAAGUGCAGCUUUACUUUACUGUCAUUCCAGGAUACAGACCACAAAGAGCAAAGUGCACAAUGCCCU